AUAUGAAACCAGGGAGUAGUUGUCACUAUAACAACUCCCUGAUGAAACGUAGCAUAUUUCACGGAAAUAUUUUUGACGAACUAGCCAUGGCCAACGUGCUAGCAACGAAUGUUCCCAUUGGACCCAAAGGAAGGAGAGUCGUGGGCGUGGUGGUGUCAAAGGUUGCUGAUAUUUGCAUAUUGUUGUUACGUCUACCCUGGAUGGAUGGAAAGGUUGUGUGUUUGUGUGAACAAACUGCUCCAGACUUCAUUCAGUCUUUUGCAAAACGUACUCGCGUUUUUUUCUGAAAGUGAUUACUUCUUUUCAUUUAAAACACCAUUUUGUUGUAAACAGUGCAUGAUGGCUCAGAUGAGGGUAGCUAUUAUUGGACAAAGUCAGUUUGGUGAAGAAGUCUAUAAGUUGCUUAGAAGCAAGGGGCAUGAGGUUGUGGGUGUGUUUACAGUUCCUGAUGUAAAGGGGAAGGCAGAUCCUUUGGCAAUAUCUGCUGAGCAAGAUGGAGUCAAAGUUUUCAAAUAUCCUCGCUGGCGGGUUAAAGGUCAGCCAAUCACUGAGGUUGUGAAUGAGUAUAAAAGCUGCGGAGCAGAAAUAAAUGUGAUGCCAUUCUGUUCCCAAUUUAUUCCGAUGGAUGUGAUUGAUUUUCCUAAAAAUGGGUCGAUUAUCUAUCAUCCAUCCCUACUCCCUAGGCAUAGGGGAGCAUCUGCAAUCAAUUGGACAUUGAUGUGUGGGGACAAGAAAGCAGGUUUCACAGUGUUCUGGGCUGAUGAUGGCCUGGAUACCGGCCCAAUCUUACUACAGAAGGAGGUUGAUGUAGAUCCUAAUGAUACUGUAGACAGCUUGUAUAAUAGGUUUCUAUACCCUGAGGGAAUCAAAGCAAUGGGUGAAGCUGUAGACUUAAUAUCAGAGAAUAAAGCGCCAAGAAUCGUUCAACCAGAAGAGGGUGCUACAUAUGACAAACUAUGGAGGAAGAAAGAACUUGCUCAAAUUAAUUGGGACCAGCCAGUGGAAGUGCUUCAUAACUUCAUCCGUGGCAAUGACAAGCUACCGGGAGCCUGGACCACUAUAGAUGGGCAGCUGAGUGUGAAGACACUGAUUCUUGGGGAUGGCAGGAUGAUCAAAGCAGAGAUGUACGGCCAGGCACCCCAAGAACUUGAAAAACUUGAACUCACUGACGAAGAGCAACAAAUGGCAAGCAAAGUGAAGGAUAUGUGGAUUGGCAUUCUCUCGCAAUCUGAUAUUCAGAAUGAUACUGAUUUUUUCAAGAUGGGUGCAGGCUCAAUGGAUGUCGCCAGACUUGUUGAGGAGGUGAAGGAGAAGUGCGAUGUUGAAAUACAGAAUGAGGAUGUAUACAUGGCAACAACGUUAGAAGACUUCAUUCAGAUGAUGGUUAGAAAACACAGAGGGUUAGAUGUCAAGGAAUUCACCUAUGAUGCUGUUGAAAUGGAUGUUAACAAUAUGCAUUUAAAGUUUCCAAAUCAAUUAUUUAUCAACAAUGAGUUUGUUGAUUCUGAGAGUGGUGUCACUUUUGAAACAGUGAAUCCAGCUGAUGAGUCUGUGAUCUGUAAGGUGGCUAAAGCAAGUCCAGCUGAUUGCGACAGAGCAGUGGCCGCUGCAAAGGAAGCAUUUGAGGUCGGUGAAUGGGGCAAGAUGAGUGCCAGAGAAAGGGGAAAGCUUAUGUACAGGUUAGCUGAUUUAAUGGAGGAGCACAAAGCAGAGUUAGCAACAUUAGAAAGCAUAGAUUCAGGAGCAGUCUACACACUGGCCAUCAAGACACAUGUUGGAAUGUCUAUUGACACCUUCAGAUAUUUUGCAGGAUGGUGUGACAAAAUACAGGGUUCGACAAUACCAAUUAACCAUGCCCGACCAAAUCGCAACCUGACGUACACGAAGAGAGAACCUUUAGGAGUAUGUGGCAUUGUGGUACCAUGGAACUACCCAUUGAUGAUGUUAGCUUGGAAGAUGGCUGCCUGUAUUGCUGCUGGUAACACGGUUGUUUUAAAACCAGCCCAAGUCACACCUCUGACUGCUCUCAAGUUCUCUGAGCUGGUGGUUAAGGCUGGAUUCCCACCAGGUGUUAUCAAUAUCCUGCCUGGAUCAGGUUCUGUUGUUGGUCAGGCUUUGACAGAUCACCCAGAUAUCCGCAAAUUAGGUUUUACUGGAUCUACUCCAAUUGGCAAACAGAUCAUGAAAAGUUGUGCUGAGAGUAACUUGAAGAAAGUUUCUCUUGAACUUGGUGGUAAAUCUCCUUUGAUUGUGUUCUCUGAUUGCGAUCUGGAUCGUGCUGUGCGGCAAGGAUGUGGUGCUGUGUUCUUCAACAAGGGAGAGAAUUGCAUCGCUGCUGGAAGACUUUUUAUAGAAGACACCAUCCAUGAUGAAUACAUCAAAAGAGUUGUAGAAGAGGUGAAGAAGAUGAAGAUUGGUCAUCCUCUCGAUCGUUCCACGAGUCAUGGUCCACAAAACCAUCGAGCUCACCUUGAGAAACUUGUUGAAUAUUGUGAGAUCGGCAUCAAGGAGGGGGCCACUUUGGUGUAUGGGGGAAAGCAGGCAGAUAUGCAAGGUUUGUUACUGAUAAUUUUACACUGGCAUCAAGGAAAGGAGGGGAAGAGGAGCUACUUAAAAGAUAAUACUAACAAAAAAAUAAUAAUGGUAACAAUUGUGGAACAUUAUAAUGUUAUUACGAUAACAAAGUUGAUGCUCUAUAAAAGAAGGGUCAGGUAUUGCAUCAUUAAGACAGUUGCUGCACCAUUCGGAGGUUUCAAACAGUCUGGAUUUGGCAAGGAUCUCGGUGAAGAAGCUCUCCAUGAAUAUCUGCGGACAAAGACGGUGACAAUAGAGUAUUAGAUGUCCUGAAAUGUGUUGAACUCGAAAGUAAAGUAUUAGAGAUCAAGAACGAUAAAGUGCUGAAUUAUUGCCUACAAAUGCUGCUGUUUAACAUGUUUUGAACCAUUUUACAUAACUCUAUUAUUAUUUCAGUAUAGUUAGUUUUUUAUUAUAUAUAUUUUAUAUUGUUACUUUAAGACAAUUUUUAAUGACGAAAAUUAUAAUUAUAAUUCUUAAUUUUUACAUCAUUUUUUUUAAUUAACACUGGUAAUUACUGCAAAAAGUUAUCAUUAUACUUAGGUAUGGUUAGUACAGUAAUACAAAUUUUAUCUUGCAGCUGAAGGUUUUCCAUAAUUUUAAGAACAAUAAUAAUAAUAAUAAUAAUUAACUAACUAUUAUCCUAAAGAAAUAGGGGCUCUGUAUUACUGAGAUAACAGUACUAUUAAUAUUUGUUGCCUCAGUUACUUUUUUUAUUUUUUAUUGUGAGAGUUUAUUUUCAGGCUCUACUUAACUUGGAGGUCAAUAGCAGCGAUAAUCAGUUCACUACUUGUACUUGGUUACAAGUGAGUUCACUGCUGUGGUUGUUUUUCACUAUUCUAACUUAAACAGUAUACAUGAGAUGUCUAAUUCUUGUUAGGAUGCUUUAUCUAAAUUACUCUGAGCUAUAUUUAAAAUGGUUAUUUUCAUUUUGAAUGGCAUAUAAUUAAAAUAACUUCUUGUAUGUCUGAGUGGGACUUGUAAACCAAUUCCUGAUGUCAGCCCGCAUCUUGCAUGUACAUGUUUUAAAACUUUUAUCUGUUUAAUUGUAAAUCAAGUUAUAAACAACACUGUGUUAUAGAUAUCAUAUGCUUAAAUAAUAUAUUGAGAGUAGUUAUUUAUCACAACAACAUGUCAUUUUAAUUUCUGUUGAUUAUGAUUUUGAAGGGUCUUCCAAAAAUGUUUACCAAAGUUAUUUUAGAGAAAUUUAGAAUGUAAAAGAACAAUUUUGAUGGGAUACAUUUUUGAAUAAACCCCAAGUUUUAUUAUACACUUAGUAUUAUCUGGCACAUCACAAAACUAUUUUUACUACAUUAUUUUAAUAAUAAUGUAUGACUGUCUCACCCCUUGUAACAUUUCAGUGUGUACAGUCCCCCCCCCCCUCGUAACAUUUUGGUGUGUACAGCUUUUUUUGUUUUAGUGUUAAAGUGAGCUAUUUAUAAAGAUCAAGUUUUCUAACAUUUUAAAAACAUAAAAAAAUAUAUAUAUAAUAUAUUAAAGAGUGGUAAUUGUGGUUUGCAUAGUGUACUGUAAAAUAGUAUGCACAUGUGAUGCAUUAAUGAGGGUGCUUGUGUGCACUAAAAGAGCAGUUGCCAUAGCAAUUGUGCUUCUCCUUUGCAACCUUAAAGUUGGAGGUCCAAUCCCUCACUGUUCAUUUGGCUUGUGUCCUUGGGCAAGGCACUCAGUUGUCUCUGACCAACCAGGAGGACAAGUGGCUACCUGGUAGGCACAAAAUGUGCUGAUUACAGCUGCAACAUGGUGGAAUUCUCCCCAGGGAGCUGAGCAUAUGUUCCAUAUGGGUUUGAUCCAUUGACCAGGGGUAAUAAUGUGAAGCGCCUAGAGGCCUUGUUGGCAUGAAACGCUAGUAAGUCACAUAUAAUUACAGUGUAUGUGUACAUGCAUGACAAAGUAUGUGAUUUUUUAUUUUUUUAUUUAUGAACAUGAGAGAGCAUACUAGAAUGGUUGUAUGCUCAUUUGUGUUCAUAGACAUGAUGGUACUGGCUCAUGUACUUAUGCAUGCACAUGUAUGCGUGCACACACAGGAAUACAUGCUCAUUUGCUCAAAUGAAUACAUAUAUACAUGUGAGAAGAGGUCCAUGUUCGUGUGUACUGUACAUGUAUGUUUAAGUAUAUUGCAACUCAGUUAUAUUGAUGUGCCAUAUGUCUAUUCUGUGACACUUUUUUUGAAAUGCCUAAGAAUGUUAGAGAAAAACAAAUUAGUAUUUUUUAAUGAUUUACUGUAUCAUUAAAUCCAAUGGGCAUCGAAUAGAUUGAAAGAAUUGUGAUGCUGUAUUAAAAGUUAUUGAAUUAUUUC